CUAUAAAAGCCGCGGCGGUCCCCGGGCGGUGCUCAGAAGGCUGGCGGGCCGCUAGGAUGGCGGAUGAGGAGGAAGACCCCACCUUUGAGGAGGAGAAUGAAGAAAUUGGAGGAGGAGCAGAAGGUGGACAGGGGAAGAGAAAGAGACUUUUCUCUAAAGAAUUACGGUGUAUGAUGUAUGGGUUUGGGGAUGACCAGAAUCCUUACACCGAGUCAGUGGAUAUUCUCGAAGAUCUCGUCAUCGAGUUCAUCACUGAAAUGACUCACAAGGCAAUGUCGAUUGGAAGACAGGGUCGAGUGCAAGUUGAAGAUAUUGUCUUCCUGAUUCGAAAGGACCCAAGGAAGUUUGCUAGAGUUAAAGACUUACUGACUAUGAACGAAGAGUUGAAACGGGCUCGGAAAGCUUUCGAUGAAGCCAACUAUGGAUCUUGACACCAUUUGGAAUUUCUGGAAUUUUGAUAUUUUAUUUGGAAACCAUGCGUUGUAAUAUCACGAUUGCUAGGCACACAAUGAAAGAGGUCUUCAAUUUUAGCUUCAUACCUUGAGCCUUUCCUUGCCUGCCUUGAUCUGGCUGUAUUUGAAUUCUUUACUGGGCUUUAAUGACUACUAACUUAAAAUACAGCCGACCAUGCAGUUCCAGCUCCACAAGGCAGACUUGUGUGUGCCAAGCUAUAUACCUUAGCUGCAUAAUAUGCAGUCUAAAUGUCCUUUGACUUUAUGAAAGUUGAGACAUGUCCUUUAUGUAUUUCAAGUUUUUAUGACAGUGGCAGAGAGUUAUUAAAGAGAGUGGACUGGUUUGUGUUUCUUUUAAGGAACUAAA